AUGCAAGAAACCCUCCAGUCCAGCAUUCUGCGCUCCCCACCAUUCUACUCCGCCGACGGUAUCGUCAAUCUCCGUGAUGUAGGGGGCUACGCCGUAUCCUCAACCAGUUCUGUGAGGCGCAAUUUCGUUUAUCGUUCAGCGCACUUGUCUCGAGCUACGUCCGAGGGCGCCAGAGCCCUCGUCGAGCAACUCGGGAUCACCAAAAUCUAUGACUUCCGUUCCGUUCCCGAAACAAUCAAAAACCCGUCUUGUGAAAUUCCCGGGGCAGAACGGUUGCAUGUCCCCGUUUUCACAGACCAAGAUGCCAGUCCGGAAAACCUAGCCUUGAGAUAUCGGCAUUAUGCAUCGGCAGACGGCCCGAAAGCGUUCAUGCAUGCGUACAAGGAGAUAUUGAGAAGUGGAGCAAACGGGGCGUACAGAGCCGUUUUCGAACAUAUUAGGGACCGGCCAACGGAGCCGUUACUGUUCCACUGCACGGCUGGAAAGGACCGAACAGGCGUAUUUGCGGCCCUGGUCUUGCGCGUCGCUGGCGUACGCGAUGAUAGUAUUAUCGGUCGAGAAUAUGAGCUCACUGAGGUUGGGUUAGGCGCCUUGAGGGAGGAAUUUAUACAGAAUCUGCUAAAGCACCCUGCUUUGAAAGACGACCCAUCGGGUGCGUAUAGAAUGACUUCAGCAAAAGCUGAAGCAAUGGAGGCGACGCUGGAAUGGUUGGAUGCUACAUAUGGCUGUGUUGAAGGAUACAUGAAGGAAGCUAUUGGGUUUGGGGGCGAUGAUAUUGAAAAGAUCAGGAGGAAUCUUGUGGUGGAAGAAAAGGCAGUUUUGUAA